CUUCGCGUUCCAUUCGAAAGUAGGCAUCGUUUCAAAUACUCGAAUUUCGGAAAUUCGAUUCACCUACGGCUACUCUCUCUCUCCCCCUCUAUCCUAUUCUUCCCUCUUAACUCCACCAUUUAGGGUUUCUUAUUGGCGACUGUUUUCUGGUCUAUUUGGGAAACUUCCAUGAUGUUUACGCCGCAGAGAAAGGUCUGGUCUGGUUGGUCACUCACGCCCAGGACUGACCCGGUCCAGAAGAACGGUUAUGUGUCUGGUUCGGACCCUGUUUUAAACCCUAGGAACGUCGAGACGGUCGUCAAGGGUAGAAAAACUGUCGCUUUUGUGGAGUCCACCACGCCGCCUCCACCGCUGGGUUCGUUGGGCGAAAAUGGUGGGACGAAGGUAGCAAUUGUUGAGAAACUUUCAAAGCUCGAAAACGAGCUUUUUGAAUACCAGUACAAUAUGGGCCUUCUCCUGAUUGAGAAAAAGGAAUGGACUUCAAAGUAUGAAGAGACUGUGCAAGCUCUAGCAGAAGCAAAGGAUGCCCUUAAACGAGAACACGUUUCACAUUUAAUUGCAAUGUCUGAGAUCGAGCAGCAAGAAGAGAAUUUGAGGAAGGCCUUGGGUGUUGAGAAGCAGUGUGUGCUUGAUCUAGAGAAGACUUUGCGUGAGAUGCGUUCAGAAUAUGCAGAAAUCAAGUUUACAUCUGAUUUAAAGUUGGCUGAAGCAAAUGGUCUCAUUACCAGCAUUGAAGAGAAAUCUUUAGAGGUGGAAACAAAGUUUAAUGCUUCUGAUGCGAAGCUUGCUGAGGUGAGCAGAAAGAGUUCAGAGAUCAAAAGAAAAUCACAUGAGGUGGCAAUUCGAGAAGACGCACUUCGAAGGGAGUGCAUAUCAUUCAAUGCAGAGCAAGAAGCGCGUGAGAGUACGUUAUCAAAGCAAAGAGAAGACUUGCGAGAAUGGGAAAGAAAAUUACAAGAUGGAGAAGAAAGGUUGGCUGAGGUUAGAAGAUUGCUCAAUCAAAGAGAGGAGAAGGCCAAUGAGCAUGACACACUUUUUAAGCAGAGACAGAAUGACCUUGAAGAGGCACAGAAGAAGAUUUUCAUGGCUAAAUCAACUUUGAAAAAGAAAGAAGAUGAUAUAAGCAGGAGGGUGGCAGAGCUAUCUGUUAAAGAGAAGGAAGCUGAUGCUAUGAGAAACAGUUUAGAGAUGAAAGAUAAAGAAUUGCUUGCGUUAGAGGAAAAGCUUGAUGCAAGGGCCAGAGUUGAAAUUCAGAAACUUCUUGAUGAACACAAGACCAUCCUGGAUACAAAGAAACAUGAGCUUGAGUUGGACAUGGAACAACAGAGGAAAGCUUUUCAUGAGGACUUGAAAAGCAAGGAAAUUGAAGUGGAGAAUAAGGAAGCUGUACUCAACCACAUGGAAGAAAAGGUUGCAAAACAUGAACAGGCAUAUGCAAAGAAAAUGGAGAAAUUUAUAGAGAAAGAGAAGGAUGUUGAAGCAAAAUUAAAAGAUCUGAAAGAAAGAGAGAAGUCCAUUAAAGUUGACGAGAAAAAGCUGAAGAAUGAAAGGAAACUAAUUCUUCUUGAUAAGGAGAAGUUGCUUAAUCUCAAUGAUGAGCUUGAGAAGACGAGGGCUGAGAUUGAAGAACAGCAAUUGAAGAUUAAUCAAGAGAUGGAAUGUCUGGAAGUUACUAAAGAAGAGAGGACAGAAUAUGUCCGUCUACAAUCAGAACUGAAACAGGAGAUAGAUAAUUGUAGACAACAGAGGGAACAGCUGAUGAAGGACAGUGAGGAGUUGAAGCAAGAAAGGGAGAAAUUUGAGAAAGAGUGGGAAGAGCUGGAUGGAAAAAGAGCUGAGAGUAAGAAGGAGCUAGAAGAUGUCACUAAACAAAAGGAAAAGUUAGCAAAACUGGAAAGGUCUGAAGAGGAAAGGUUAGAGAAUGAGAAGCUGGCAACACGGGAUUACGUUCAGAGAGAGUUAGAAGCUCUUAACCUGGCUAAAGCUUCAUUUGCAGCUAGCAUGGAGUAUGAGAAUUCAUUGAUGGCUGAGAAAACUCAGAGUGAGACAGCCCGAAUGCUUCACGAUUUUGAGGUGCGGAAAAGAGAACUCGAGACUGAAAUGCAGAACAGGCGGGAGGAGAUGGAGAACCAUCUGCAUCAAAGGGAGAAGUUAUUUGAGGAGGAAAGGGAGAAGGAACUAAACAAUAUUAAUUACUUGAGGGAAGUAGCCCGAAGAGAAAUGGAAGAAAUGAAACUAGAAAGACCAAGGAUAGAGAAAGAGGAAAAAGAAAUAGCUGAAAACCAGAAGCAACUUGUUGGACAGCAGCAUGAAAUGCAGAAAGACAUUGAUGAACUUGUUAAUCUUAGCAAGAAGUUGAAGGACCAGCGAGAACAAUUUAUGAAGGAAAGAGAACGUUUCAAUGCAUUUGUUGAGAAAUUCAGAAGUUGCAAUGCCUGUGGGAAGAUUACUUGUGAGUUCAUGGCUUCUGAUCUUCAAUCUUCACCUGAAAUGGACAAUGCAGAGGAACUUCCUUUGCCAAGACUAGCUGAUGAUUAUCUGAAGGAGGCUGUUCGGGGUAAUGUGGUCACUUUUGAGAGGCAAAAUAGUGGGAUAUCCAGAGGCGUGAUUCAGUCAGCGCUUCCGGCAUCUGGGGGAAAUAUAUCCUGGCUCUGGAAAUGCACCUCGAAGUUAUUCAAUUUGUCUCCAGUUGAAAAGAAUGAAAUUGAUGGUCCUCAUAAUCUGACUGAGAACCCUAUGUUUGGAAAGCAUAUUAGUGUAGAAGAACCACAAAUACGGUUAUUGAGCACUGAAGAUGGACCAGAAUCCUUUGGGGUUGCUACCGAUUCUUUCGAUGUUCAGAGGAUUCAAUCUUACAACAGCAUCGGAGAGGUGAGUUUUGGGCAGGAUCAAUCUGUCGAUGAUCAAAGUGACAUGAAUAGUAGGAUACAAGAAAUUCCAGAAGAUUUGCAGAAUUCUGAUUUGAAAGGGGUUCACCAGAAACCUGGCAGGAGAGAUAAGAGAGUUAAUAGAACAUGCUCUGUGAAGGUGGUUUUUUCAGAGGCCAAGUCUAUACUUGGUGAUGCCUUUGAACAUAAGGGUAAUGCCGAGGAUUCUGCAAAAAUGAAUGAGGAAGGCCAUGGAGAAUCUAGUAUCAUGGACAGGCAAAAACCAAGAAAUGCACGAAAGCGUGCUCACAGCUCUCUAAACACAGUGAGCGAGCAGGAUGGCAAUCACAGUGAAGGUCGUUCUGAUAGUGUCAGUGCAAGUCGUCGCAAGAGGAGACAAAAAGCUGCUCAAGCUGUGCAAAUUCCCAGUGAAGUACAACACAACCUUCGGAGACGCAAAACAUAAAAGUCUCGGGAAAGUGGUGUAUAGGGUAAAAGAAGCUGUUGAGCACCCAGAGAUGAUUGAGGGCCUGACUUGUCCACAGGACUGAUGCUCUUACCUACCAGCACGAUGGUUAGACUGAGUCAUCGUGCUUCGUAAACCUGUUCAAGUAGCAAUGGGAUUAAUGAAUGUCAGUGAUUUUUUUGGAGGUAAAUAGUGCCUUUUAUUUUGUUUAGUUAUGGUAUGCAAUGCUUUCUACAUUUAGAAGGGUGGAAGCUGUUCAAGAGAGCAGGCCUUCAAAUUGAAAUAUCAGGUACAAUAAAUCAAUGAACAUUUGGUUGCACACUGACCAAUUGCUGCACGUAAAUUUGCUGGCUGAGCCACAAUCUGUUGUUUUGUUUUGGUUUCCUUCGGAUGUUUUUGGGAAUUUCAAGUACCUACAUUUUAUGACUAAGUCUGCAGGCAGUGGCUAAUGGAGCAUUGUCUGACCACAACAAAGGUGUGGAAGGAUGUGGGAUGAUGGCAGAAUAUUCUGUGUGGUGUUUUGAAAAGUUGGUAAAAAACUGACUUUUUGGCUUUUUUAAUCUAUUUUGUCUUUUUAUGAGUAAAAAAUAUAAGAGGUGAUAUUAUGACUCAAAAUAGGUAAAAAGUUAAAAACUGACUUUUUACUGGGUUGCCGAAGCAUAUGCGUGAAUUUUUAUCAAUAAAAUUGUUAAUACUUUUUCUUCAUAUCCAUGGUUUGCUCUCUCUC